CCAAAAGGAAAAAACUACAGAAUUUACAUGUGGUAGAUGUGGAGGCAGCCACAAGCCAAAGUCUUGUCCAGCAUUUGGAAAAUCCUGUAACAACUGUGGAAAAAAUAACCAUUAUGCAAAAUGUUGCAGAGCCACAUCAAAACAGAAAGUUCACACAGUUGAAGAAGAUGACGAUAACGAGGAGUUUAUCGUGGAUGUGGUACAAGCUUGUACAGCAGAAAAGGAAGAAUGGAUCGUGCCAAUAACAGUGAAUGACACAAUUAUACUGUUCAAGUUGGAUACAGGUGCACACACAAACCUAAUAUCAAUGGAAGACUACAAAACACUGAAGACAAAGAGCAAAAUUCGUCCUGUAAAAACUAGAGUGAGUGGAUACACUGGAGAACGUGUUCCUGUUCGAGGUGGAUGCAUUGCAACUUUCAAACACAAAGAUCGGCAGAUUAGAGCACAGCUACUGAUUGUGGAUAUGAGUGUACAACCAAUCCUGGGACUCAGUGCAUGCACAAAGCUCAAUCUGGUCAAAAGAGUGUUUGUUGUGACAUCUUCAGAAGCGGAAAAUGCUCAGGAUGUACUCAUGGAAGAGUAUAAGGACUGUUUUGAAGGACUUGGAUGUCUUCCUGGACUACAUAAAAUACGUCUUGAUCAAAAUGUGACACCUGUUGUACACCCUUGUAGGAAAGUUCCGUUUGCGAUGCGAAAAAAGCUGAAAGAUGAAUUAGAGCGCAUGGAAGAACUCGGAGUCAUCAAGAAAAUUGAUGAACCAACUGAAUGGGUCAGCUCACUGGUUGUUGUACAAAAGAAAUCAGGUGCGCUGAGACCAUGCCUGGAUCCAAGGGACCUAAACAAAGCAAUCAUGAGAGAACAUUUCAAGUUACCAACCAGAGAAGAAAUCAUGGCACAAUUUGCUGGAGCUAAAUGGUUCAGUAAAUUAGAUGCUUCGUCUGGCUUCUGGCAAUUGAAGCUAGAUGAGGAGAGUUCCCGACUGUGCACGUUCAACACCCCAGAUGGGAGAUACAGGUUUCUCCGGUUGCCGUAUGGUAUCUUGUCAGCACCAGAAGUCUAUCAUAAGACUAUUCACAUGAUUUUUGAGCACAUACCUGGAGUAGAGACCAUGAUGGAUGACAUCAUCGUAUGGGGCUCAACUCGAAAAGAACACGACGAAAGACUGAGACAAGUGCUAGACAAGACGAGGGAGGUGAACCUGAAACUUAACAAAGAAAAAUGUGAGUUUGCAGUGAAAUCACUGACCUUCGUGGGAGAUGUGAGCGAAGAGGGAGUGAAGCCAGACCCGAGAAAAACUUCGGCAAUCAACAACAUGGACAGACCAACCAACAAAGAUGAGGUGAGACGGUUCCUCGGAAUGGUGACAUAUCUCGCCAAGUUUGUCCCUCAACUGUCCACACAGUCAGCACCUCUCAGGAGUCUUCUCGAACAAAAGAACGAGUGGAUGUGGUCCCAUGAGCAUGAACAAUGCUUUCUAAAACUGAAAGAGAUUCUAACAAGAGAGCCCGUGUUAAAGUUCUAUGACCCGGAGAAGAGCACCAGGAUUUCGGCAGAUGCAUCACAGUUUGGUCUGGGAGCAGUGCUGCUGCAGCAACAUGACGAGCAGUGGUCACCUGUCGCGUAUGCAUCGAGAGCCUUGACAAGCGCCGAGUCCAGGUACGCUCAGAUUGAGAAAGAGCUGUUGGCGAGUUUGUAUGCAUGUGAGCGUUUCCAUCAGUAUGUCUACGGUCAGAGGUUUGAAGUGGAAACUGAUCAUAAACCCUUAGUGUCCAUCAUGAACAAACCCUUGAAUGACUGUCCGGUACGCAUACAGCGUAUGCUAAUCAGGCUACAAAAGUACGACGUGCACAUGAUAUACACACCAGGUAAAUACAUGUACGCCGCCGACACCUUGUCUCGAGCAAUAGACAAAGAAGAACAUGCAGACAGUGAGAAAAGCACAAAAAUACAGGCAUAUGUGGACAUGGUCGUGUCAUCCUUGCCUGUGACUGCGGACAGAACAGAACAAAUACGGAAAGAGACAAUCGCAGAUAACACCAUGAAAGAACUCAAGAGCACGAUACUAAAAGGGUGGCCGGACAACAAAAAGAAUUGUCCUGAGAAAAUACAAGAUUAUUGGAAUUGCAGAGCAGAGCUUACGGUGGUGGAUGACCUUGUACUGAAAGGAAGCAAAUUUGUAAUUCCAUCCUCACUACGCAAACAAAUGCUCCAGAAGAUACAUGAAGGUCACCUCGGAGAAGUCAAGUGUAAACGUAGGGCGAGAGAAGUGAUGUAUUGGCCAAGAAUCAACCAAGAUAUUAGCCAGACAACAGCAGCAUGUGAACUGUGUCGCAUCUACAGGCCAAAACAACAAGCAGAGCCGCUGAUGAACCAUCCAGUACCCCACAGACCUUACCACAAGGUAGGAACUGAUCUGUUUGACCUUGAUGGAAAGAGCUACAUAGUAGUCACCGAUUACUUUUCCAACUAUCCGGAAGUUGGUGCUCUGCAGUCAACAUCAAGCAAGGCAAUCAUCAGCUAUCUGAAGGCAGUGUUCGCCAGACAUGGUGUCCCAUGUGAACUGUUUUCAGACAAUGGACCUCAGUUUACCAGCCACGAGUUUGCUCACUUUGCCAAAGAAUGGGGUUUCCAUCACUCCACGUCAAGCCCCAUGUAUCCAAGGUCCAACGGCUUGGCGGAGUCCUCUGUAAAAACGAUUAAAACUAUGAUGAAAAAAUCACAAGACAGAGAUAACUUUCAAAAGAAUCUGCUGAUAUACCGGAGUGCACCUCUACAAAAUGGGCUGUCACCAGCUCAAAUGCUGAUGGGUCGCCGCAUUCGUUCCAACCUACCAGUGUCAGAAGACCUGCUGACACCCAAGAGCGCAUGCAGAGUCCAAAAGUCAAAGGAGGAGCAAAAGGCAAAACAGAAAAGACUGCAUGAUCGUUCAGCAAAACACUUACCUGUGCUGAAGCCUGGAGACGUUGUGCGCCUCAGGGACAUUCCUACAGGGACAUGGAAACAGAAGGGACAGGUGGAAGAGGAAGUUGCUCCACGCUCUUACAAGGUCCUGGUGGGAAAUGGCCUAACUCUGAGGAGGAAUCGCACGGAUCUACAACUACAGUCAUCAGUGGAGGGUCCUGCGGUUCAAGACACUCUUCCACAAGACACAGUUGGUUCGGGGGAGUCGACUGACACAGGGCCUGUUCAAGCUGACCAUGAUAUGACAGCAGUGUCAACGUCACCAGCUGUUGAAAGGAUGUCAAGACCUAAGAGACAUGUUCAGCCUCCAAAAAGGCUAAUUGAAAGUUGUUUUAAAAAAAAAAAAAAAAAGUUUGUCUUUAUGCUUGCAGUUCUAUGAUAAGGAUAUUGUUGUGAAAAAACAAACAAAAAAAAAACAAAACAAACUGUAACAUCACCUUGUUUUGAAGGGUAAAUAUAAUUUCCUUAUGUGAUAAUAUUAUUUCUUUAAAGGGGGGAAGAUGUGGUGUUAUGAGUAGAAUAACAUAAGAACUUCAUUUCCCAGCAUGCCACAGUAGUUAGGUUGCA